CGUGACCCCUUGUUUUCUUUCUCGCCAAGUUUUUCUCUUUCUAUCGGUUUUACCCACAUGUAUAAUACAGCUUGAUUUCUUCUUUCCUUUUAUGUUUACAGGAUUUCAUUGCAUCGCCAUGUGUUUCGACAAUAUGUUGUUAGAAACCCGUCACAAUGGGUCUACUCCACGGUUGGCAGUUGAUGAGAUUGGAACUUCAGUUUCGAACAAAUCCAUCAAGCAGGAGGCAAGCGAUGAAUCAGGUUACAUGAAGGUCGAGAAUUCGGCCCUGGAGACCGCGAGCAACGAAGAAUCAACGGUUUCGGAUUGCGAAAGUGCUGUUUCUGGAAGCAAUCAUGUGCAGCAUCAGACGCUUGGUGAAGGUUUUCUUAGACUCGCUGAAGGAGACAGCGUUCAUGAUCUCAUUCAAAGAAGAUUCAUUCUAGGUUUAGGGACGCUGGGAGCGAACACGAAGGUCGUUGCAAUUCAUAGAAAUGCUUGUUCUAGCGUUAUGGCGCAAGCUCGAGUUCAAUCAUUUCAGGUUUAUAUGCGAGCUGAGGAGAAGCGUCGUGUUAAUGCCAAUGUGAAGUUUGCGUGGUAUGGGACUUCUGGCAAGGAAGAGAUACGAGAGAUUAUUUCGCACGGUUUUUGUAAUGGCGGUAAACCUCAGAAUGAUGGACAUUAUGCUUGCGGAUUAUCUCUCUAUUCAGAUGAUUCUCCUAUGGAAAGUUUGAAAAGCUCUAUGGUUGACAGAGACGGUCUAAGACACUUAUUAUUGUGUCGCGUUAUUUUGGGGAGGCAGGAACUUGUGCUUCCUGGUUCUGAUCAAUGUAAUCCGAGUUCUGAAGAAUAUGACUCAGGGGUGGACAGCCUUUCAGCUCCCAAGAAGUAUAUCAUUUGGUGUGCCCGGAUGAACACGCAUGUUUUUCCAGAAUAUGUUAUAAGUUUCAAAGCUCCUAGCAUGAAAGAGCUGGUGAAGUUUGAAGAAACUUUAAGAAAACCAUCCUCCCCUUGGAUUCCAUUUCCAAGUGUAAUUUCUGGGCUCUCUAAGCUUUUGCCUCCAUCUGCUAUUGCCUUCAUCUCCAAGUUCCACAAAGAUUACCAAGAAAAGAAGAUUUCGCGGAAAGAACUCGUACAAAAAGUAAGACAAAUAGCAGGAGAUGAGUUGCUGAUUUCAGUCAUCAAAUCUUUCAGGGAAAGAAAACGGGCAAGCGUUCAGCUAAGGUGAAGAACUGAAGUAGAAUAAAACAGCUGGUCAUUAAAACGGAACAUAUUCCUUCACGAGAUCCAUUAGUUGAUAACAGGUAGAUAUCACACUGGAGUUGACAUGAUGCUCAGUGACUCGAAAUCACUGAUAGAGAGGAGGCACAACAGACAUCAUCGGCUAGAGGGAUCACUGGUUACUGACUUGUUAACCAAUUUUUACUGUACAUUCUGGGUGAGGAACUGUGUGGCUUUUGAAAAUUUGACAUCUGUUGAAAUGUAGGCACAGGAGUAUUAUCAAGUAGUAGCUUUCUUUUUCUUUUUUACCUUGUAGAUAUUCGGAAUGGAAUAUAUCAUCCAGGAACAAGGAAACCUAUAAGGACAUCCUUGAAUGGUUUUACUGUGGUUUCUUCUCUGAAAUGUGGAGUUCACCCUGUUUUGUCAAUAACCAUGAUAUAAAUUUUUGAAUUUG